AUGUCCGAUGGCGGUGAACAGGCGGCUGGCGAUGCUGAAGGGCAGACAGCGCCAGAAGAGAAAAGCUCUGCCCGGGCUUGUGCCGAGACCUCCUUGGACGCACUAGCAGUCGUUGGACGUGGCAUGAUGGCUACCGGUUCCGCUUUGCUCACUGCUGUGCAAUACACUGCGUAUCCCAUCAAGGAGGGUGUCAUUUGUGUCAUGGACACCACGAGUGAGUAUUUCUCUCCAUAUUUGAAGAAGCAGGCAGCGAACCACGUCACGCAAGCUCAUGUGCGUGAUGCAAAGGAGCAAUUGCCUGUGUGA